UGAAUAAUUAUUGAUAUUUGAUUGUUACAAAUUAUAUUGUAAUAUUAUUGAUAGAAUAUUAAAAAACAUAACAUUAACUAUGUGGUCGGGUGUGUAAGGUUAAAAUUUAAAAAGUUUGUAUCAAAUACCUAACAUUCGUAAUAAACAGUGGGAUCGCUUAUCGUUUUCUAAAAUGUCGGGCGAUCACAAAACAUUAAUAAAAGGCAGUCCAUCGCAAUAUGUGAAGCUAAACGUAGGUGGAACUCUGUUUUACACCACUAUUGGCACAUUAACAAAAAGCGAUAACAUGUUGCGCACAAUGUUCAGCGGAAGGAUGGAGGUACUCACAGAUUCGGAAGGGUGGAUACUAAUCGAUAGAUGCGGUAAACAUUUUGGAACCAUAUUGAACUAUCUACGUGACGGAACUGUCGCCCUGCCCGACAGCUACCGCGAGAUAAUGGAGCUGCUCGCGGAGGCCAAAUACUUCCUCAUAGAGGAGCUCACGGAAUCUUGCCAACAAGCACUGACCAAAAAGGAGCGGGAAGCCGAGCCGAUUUGUAGAGUGCCAUUGAUCACAUCACCUAAGGAGGAGCAACUGCUGAUUAUGUCAACUUCAAAGCCUGUUGUAAAGCUGCUUAUCAAUCGACACAACAACAAAUAUUCCUAUACAAACACUUCUGAUGACAAUUUGCUGAAAAACAUUGAAUUAUUUGAUAAACUGUCCCUGAGAUUUAGUGGGCGAGUGCUGUUCAUCAAAGAUGUGAUCGGUUCAAAUGAGAUCUGCUGCUGGACAUUCUUUGGACACGGAAAGAAAUGUGCUGAAGUUUGCUGCACUUCUAUUGUAUAUGCCACGGACAAGAAACAUACCAAAGUCGAGUUUCCUGAAGCCAGAAUAUAUGAAGAAACACUGGGUAUACUUCUGUACGAGAGCAGGAAUGGUCCAGAUCAAGAUUUGAUUCAGGCGACCUCAUCUAGAGGUGCUGUGGGUGGUCUGUCGUGCACCAGUGAUGAGGAGGAGGAGCGCUCCGGGCUCGCCCGCCUGAGGUCAAAUAAACAGAAUAAUCAAUCUUAGCGGUUACAGUCGGGCUUGGCACGCCUUCGAAGUUCCAAGAGGACAAAUGUUUGAUACCAGGUCCCCUUUUGUAUUCUACCAUUCUGCUGGGUACCCUGCUUUGGUAUCACUAAUUAAAUAAUCUUUGACU